GAUGAUGCAUCAUUUUCCCAUGGAGGGAAUUAUUUGUUCUGUUUGCUUCAGCUGUAGAUAACUUUGACACUGUUGAAAGGGAUCAUAGAGUUUUGGAUGCUUUGAAGGUACAGCUUGCUGAGCGAAAAAUGUGGCUUGCUGCUUCCAUCCACAGAGGUGAAGACAAAGUCAUGAUAGAAGUCCACAAAGAGCUUCAGAAAAUAUAUCCUGACAUACUUACUAUCAUCGUGCCUCGGCACCCCCAAUAUGGGCAAGAAAUAUCUUUGGGGUUGCAGAAAGAACACUUGACUGUGGCUGUACGGUCCCGUAACGAUAGCAUAAUGACAGAAACAAACAUCUAUGUGGUCGACACUUUAGGUGAACUCAGAAUGUUCUAUAGUCUAACGCCAAUAGCCGUAGUUGGUGGUUCUUUUGUACCCGGUUCAGCUGGUCAUAACAUAUCAGAAGCAGCAGCAGCAGGAUGUGCGGUUCUGACAGGUCCAUACAUUGGGCACUUCUCAAACAUGGCAAAUCAGAUGCAACAUCUGAAUCCUUUUUCAGUUCGGCAGGUUUCCAGCGAUGGCCUUGUUGAAGCUCUCAAAGUGCUCCUCGGUGAUGACUCAGUUCUUGAAGCACACCGUGUUGCCGCAAGACAAGCACAUCAAGCUCUAUCUCAUGGGAUCAUUGACAACUUAUGGCAUUUACUAGCAAUUAACAUUUUUGACAAAACAAGAGGGAAAUGAAGGGUAUUUUGAAGAUAUUUUUUUCAAUAGCAUAACUAGUGGGCCAUUGAAAUAACCCCAGAUCCACUUAAACAACUCAAGGCUUGACCAGACGACUUCUUACUAGAACAUUUGCAUGUACUGAAAGCUGGUUACUCCAGUUCUUACCUCCUCCGUCCAGAUGUAAUGCUUUCAUUUUGACAUUUCCUUGUUUUGAAGAGAAGUUGACUGUGGAGUGAAUUUGUCCAAAAUGUCCAUACUAAAAAAGUGGUAGGUGG